AAUGUUGAGUCGAGCUUUGUGAAAUUGAGAGACGGGGAGGGAGGGAGGUACACACACGGAUAAAUAAAAGAUGCUCGGAGAGAUUACACGCACUGAGAGAUGUGCGGAUAACGAGUGAUACGCAAGAGACGGACAUACACAGAGACGCACACACAGGGUGAGACGCCACGAGACGUAAGACACGCAGACCCACACGGAAACGCACGGAGCGACACGCACGCACGGCGAGAGAGACGCGGUCGACACAGACACGCGCGCAUGACGCUCAACUAGACACGGCGAUUAGCAAGUACGGUGCGAAAGAAGCUCAGCGUACAUACGCACGCAUACGCCGACAGACAGACACGCACGAACACGCAACAGGCCACCGUACAUUACCGCACGUCGCGAGAACUCAUCAUCCGUGACAUCUAAUCCGCUGCUGCUGAUGAUGAUGAUCAUGGUGAUGCCGACGACGAUGAUGAUGACGAUGAUGCAGCUGCAGCUGCUGCUGCUGUUGAGUAUCCCCGCCUCGCUGGUGGCCCAGGACGGCAACCCGGCACAAUUCGGCCAGUUCCAGGAUGGAGGCUACGACCGCCACCCCAUGUUGUUCUUCAGCGCGCGGGACGUGGCCGGUCUGCGCGCCUCGGCGGCCGCGUCGAGCCACGCGCACAUCGUGAGCCGCCUGCACGAGGCGGCGCUCACCAUGAUGGAGCAGAGCGGCGACCACCUCCCGCCCUGGGAUCCGCUCGAGUUCGGCGCCGUCUGGAACGAGAUCUACGGCAACAACCUGGGAGCCAUGGCCUUCUACAGCUUCCUCUACCCGAACGACACCGGAGCCAGAGACUUCACCAUCGAGUACAUGGACAGGAUGGCAGCGCAGUCCUGGACCGCGAUUGCUCUGCCGAACAACAACGUCCUCAUCGCCUACUCGCUGGCCGGCUUCGCCACCGCGUACGACCUCGCGUACGAGAAGCUGGACUCGGGGAGGCGGUGCAAAUACGCCAGCGUCAUAGCGGCGGGCGCGAGGAAUCUGUCCUCAGCCGUGAGCGCCGACGCGUGCUGCCUGGGCCACAGUGACUCUUCGACCAAGGCCGUGGCCAUGAUGAUUGCGGGGCUGGUUCUCCUCCACGAUGGAGUUGACGGCCAGGAUGCCCCGCAAUGGAUAAAGACGGCCGUGAAGAUCUUGGAGAAGUCCAUGAUCAUCCUGGACGAGGUGGCCGACGGAUCGAUGAGCGAUGGCGUCGCUCCGGGCACCGCCGAGGGCCGCGCCCUCCUCCAGUACGUCUUCCUCGCCAAGCGGCACUUCAACGUCAGCCACGGGGACAACGCGUGGCUCCGUGGGCACUUUGACUUCUUCUACAGGAGCCUCCAGCCGGGUUUCCAAAGGACGAUCGGGCUCGGGGAUUCGGACCUCAACUGGAACUACGGCCCCGAGGCUCACCUGGCCUUCCUGGACACCUACAUCCUGCGCAACGGCAGUGGCAACUGGCUGGCGAGCCAGAUCAACACGUACCGCCCCAAGAAUGGCACGGGCGCUCCCACGCCCACCAAGCGAUGGAGCACCCUGCACCUGGAGUACAUCUGGUAUGACGCCAACCUGACCCCCACGCCGCCGCCGGACUACGGCACCCCGGCGCUGCACCGCUUCGACAACUGGGGCGUCGUCACCUACGGGAGCCCUCAGCCAGCCGGGUCCAACGCCACCUUCGUCGGCUUCAAGUCGGGCAAGCGAGGUGGGGCGGCGGUCAGCGACAUUAUCCGCAGAGAGCGCUACCGGGAAUGGACGAACGGCGACUGGAAUAAGUUCAACAACGGGCACGAGCACCCCGAUCAGAACACCUUCGUGUUCACGCCCAACGGCGUGCCCUUCAUCGUGGAGGGCUGCGGCAAUGGCAAGUUCACGUGGCACAGCAACGUGCCGAUGUUCAGCACGGACCCGUCGACGCCGGCCUUGCAGCUCUGCAAGCCGCCCUGGGUCGGCCAGAAACUGGAGUCCUGUGAAACAUUGUACAACUCGUUGUACAAUGUGUCCGACCCGUACUCAGACGGCCGCGUGCUGGCCGCCGCGGAGCAGAGUGGGACGGUGUUCAUCCGCGGCGACUCGGCGGACGCUUACGAAGCCUUGCUGGGGUUGAGCAGCCUCGUGCGCGACGUCGUGCUGCUCUACCCCCAGCUGGCGCUGGUCGUCGACCACGUCCACCUCAACGAGAGCAGCACGGUGAAUGGGAUCGCGUCGUUCUUCCACAACCUCGACUGGAGCUUUGAGCAGGAUAAGAAGGGGAUUCUGCACGGAGCGAAGAUCCCGAGGCCCGACGGAGACUACGCGCUCUACUGGACGGAUGAUCAGAAUCUAAGCCCACGGGCCCUGCUGGUGGACGAGCCGUACCAGCCCGGGCCGCAGGUCAGGGCCACCCACUACGCCCAGAUCGAGUUCGACGUCCGCAAGCCGCUCACCCGCCUAGCCUACGUCUUCCUGGGGCCGGCCAUGACCCUCGACAGCCUGGUGAUGGUGGCUAGGGAGGAGAGCGUGGAUGUGGUGGUGCAGGUGAACGGUCAGACCUACUCGGUGCUGCUCAAUUCCCAGCGGCUGGUCGAGAGCGCCAACGCCUCCUACUGCGAGGUGACCCACGGCUUGGGGGAUGUGAAGAAGACGUUCCGAGCGACAGGCAGUGGCACUGUGGGGAAUGCUUCCUCCCCUGACUACAAAGGCGACCACGUGCAGAGACUCGCAGAAAGCCUUAAACUCCUGGAGGUGGUCUUCGACAAGGUCGCUAACGCGAGUGUCGUGGGCGAUCCGCUGUGGUGCGAGAACGCGACCCCCGGGGGAGGAGGAGGAGGAGGCUUCUCGUGCACAUGCCAGUUCAAGGGGCUCUGUCUGAGCACCGACCACCAGGAGUGUGCAGUCCGAGCCGUCGUCUUCGUGCCCCUGUACGCGACCGCAGCGAGCCCAGCGAACUCCACGACUGUCGCUCCUCCUCAUCCUCCUGCCUCGGGCGGCGUGGAGGCGCGCGGCUUCCCCGCCGCAUCGCUCCGCCUCCUCCUCGUCGUCGUCGUCGUCCUCCUCCUCCCGGCGCUCCUCUUCUCCAGCCCGACGCCGCCCUGAGAGAGACUCGGCGCCAUGGGGGGAGCUCUCAGCCCCCCCCGGGGGGAGCUGCCCAUGGCUGAGCUCCGGAGAAUAUUGUCCGCCCGCCCCCCCCCCCCCCUUAUCUAUUGGAAGGUCCGAGUGGGGGGGUGGUGGGGAGAGGUUGACGGGUGUGUGUGUCUGUGCCUGUGUCUGUGUGUCUGUCUGUGUGUGCGUGUCUGUGUUUCUGUGCGUGUCUGUGUGUGUCUGUGUGUGUGUGUCUGUGCCUGUCUGUGUGUGUGUGUGUGUGCCUGUCUGUGUGUGUGUGUCUGUGUGUGUGUGCCUGUCUGUGUGUCUGUGUGUGUGUGCCUGUCUGUGUGUGUGUGUCUGUGUGAAAAACGCGGUCGGGCCCCCUCGUGUGCCCCUCCGGCCUGUGUAGGUACAGUACUCACUCACGGAGAAUGCCCCAACAGUCUGUUGUUACAGGCAAUACGGGGAAGAUGUGUGUGAGCGACGCGUGUGUGCCCAUCUUCAUUUGGCGGGUGACGUGCACCCGCUUGUCACGUGUGUAUAAAACCAACGUUUUAGGGAGUGGCCCUUCAUCAAGAGGGACGGGCGGCAGACGUGUUGUCCGGCCUGUGGUUUGAAAUCACGUGUUACAAAAGCGCUCAUUUGUAAACAUUUAUUUGAAGCGGCGUCACCUGACAGACGCCUCGUCCGCAGGCGAGAAACCGACUGCCCCGGAACGCGUCGACGCUGAUAGCAAACCACCAGCGCUCCACCCCUGGAUCGUUACCGCGCGCCGUUCCGCGCGAUGUCCGACAUUUCGCUCAGCGUGCUGGGACGUCACGCGGGGCAACGCGUCGAGGCACUGGCCGGAGAGCCCGCCGUGCAACCGCGACACGCGGCAUACAACGAUUGUGCUCGUGUGUGCGUGCGUGUGUGCUAUCAUGCGGUCGCAAUUUGCUGAUUAUCGGAUCACGUGGCACGCACGUGGCGUCACGUGGUGUCUCGGGAUGUCACGCGGCACCUCGUAAGGCGUCACGCGGCAUCUCGCGGUGCCACGUGGCUUCUGGCGACGUCAAGUUUUGCCGGCUUUUAAGCCACGUCAUGUCAUUAGGCUGUGUAAAACGUAAUAAGGAAACAUCGGAUUACGCUUUGUAACACGAGAUGCAUGCCCACCUGUGCAACGCGCAAUUGCACUCUUGCCCUCUGAGAUACAUUUCUCACUCGCAGUCCACGAUUCUUUAAUUCUAUACCUUAGUUUUUAAUUAUUUAUUGAGCUACUUUGUUUAACGUGUCGUUUCAGCCAUACGUGUGUGUGUUGUUAAAGAAUAAGGUUAUGUUUCUAGGUUUUUGUUGAGAUUCUGAUUGGAUUUAAAUAAAAUGGUGUGCAAU